AUGACGCGGGACGAUCGCACCGGGUUCGCGACCGGUCGUGCUGAUCGGUUGUGCCGGUUAUCCGGACGUGGAUCUAACACGAGGAAUGUGCCAUAUCUCGCCUUCGUAGAGGAACUUGGCAAAGAAAACGGGAAAGGAGGGAGAAAAAAAAAGGAGGGGAAAAAGAAGCGACGAGGAAGGAGUGCGCGUACGGAGGAGGAGGACACGAGGACUCGGCAGGUACGAGGAAUCCGUUUCGCUUUGCAUCGCGACCGACGGCCGCGCCGUAGAGGAUGGAAAGGUCGAGAUAAUAUCGCGAGUGUCGAGGAGGGCGAGGAGGAGGAGGAGGAGGAGGUGGAGGGACGGCCGUGGCGUGGUGCUGGAGGCCCCAGGAUGUGGCAUCUGCUACUGUUCCUCGUCCUGGGAGCGACCCUCGGCCUGGGCGCGACCCCCGCCCCGGGUGCGCUGCACGAGCGCGUAAAGUACCUGGAGGUGUCCGAGAACGUGCGGCCGGGCACCCGGGUGGGUUUCAUCGACAUUGACAGCCCGCCUUAUCUGAUAGCGCCGGUACCGGGUUCGCCGGUGGAGACCGACCUGAUCAUCGAGUCGGCAACGGGGGAGAUAAGAACGCGGGUGCCGUUGGAUCGCGAGACCCGACCGUCGUACAGCCUGGUGGCGUUGCCGAGAGUGCGGGUGGUUAUCACUGUGCUCGACGAGAACGAUAACGCGCCCACCUUCGCCCCGCCGCUCCGCUCCCACUUGAACGUCAACGUCACCGUCCAGGACGUCAACGACAAUCCGCCCGUCUUCAACCAGACGCGCUACGACGCGAGCGUGCCGGAGAACGCGACCGUCGGCACGCCGGUGCUCGCGGUGAACGCGACCGACGCCGACGCCGGGGACAACAGCCGCAUCGAGUACUCCAUCAAUCGCCGGCAGUCCGAUCGCGAGGAGAUGUUCCGCAUCGAUCCGGAGACCGGGAUGGUCUACGUCAACAAGGCCCUCGACUUCGAGUCGAAGGAACGGCACGAGCUGGUGAUCGUCGCUCGGGAUCGCGGCGCCCAGCCGUUGGAAGCCAGCACCUUUCUCUCCAUCCGCGUGACCGACGUCAACGACAAUCAGCCGGACAUCACCGUCAUCUUCCUCUCGGACGACGCGACCCCCAAGAUCAGCGAGAGCGCGCAACUCGGCGAAUUCGUCGCCCGGAUAUCCGUCAGCGAUCCCGACUCCCGGACGGAGUACUCGAACGCGACGGUUACCUUGACAGGCGGCGAGGGUCACUUUGGUCUGACUACGCGGGACAACAUCAUCUACCUCGUGGUGGUGGAGCGACCUUUGGACCGCGAGGAGCAGUCCGUUUACGAGUUAUCGGUGGAGGCGACGGACGCCGGCACGCCUCCGUUGUGCGCCGAACGCACUUUUCGGCUGCUCGUCACCGACGUGAACGAUAACGCGCCCAAAUUCGAGCACGAGAGGUACGAGGCUCAUCUCCUGGAGGCGUCCGAGCCCGGGACGUCGGUGAUACAAGUGUUCGCGACCGAUCUCGACGAGGGCGUCAACUCGGCGGUUCGUUAUUCCUUGGCGAACGCAACGUGGUUCGCGAUCGACGAGACCACCGGGCUUAUCACCACAGUGACGCACGUGGACUGCGAGGCCAACCCGGCGCCGAUCUUGGUGGUGUACGCGACUGACUCCGGACGACCGCCUCUCAGCAGCAGCGCGACCGUGCGAGUCACCGUCCACGAUCUCAACGACAACGAGCCGAUCUUCGAGAAGCCGCUCUACAACGCCACCGUGCCGGAGGACAUGCCCGUCGGACGCUGCUUCCUCAAGGUAGGAUUGCGAAAAUCAUUUUUUUCCCCCGCUGCGCGUGACUAG